AAAAAAAAAAAAAAAACCGAGCGGAGAACGCAGGCGGAGGCCGGGGAUCAUCAAUGCUGCCGGGAUCUCCUCUCGACCCAGCCCCUGCCAAUUGAAUCCGCCCGGCGCCACCUCCGCCCGGACGUCUGCGCGAGGCCGCGGCGCUCCGGUAUUGCCAUGAGAGGAUGACCCCCGCGCAGGAUCCGUUCUACAUCGUCAAGGACGAGAUCCAGGAGUCGAUAUGCUGAUUGUUCACGAGAAAAUAUUUGAAGUAUUAGCUUUCCACCAAUCCAUCCAAAUUGACAAAGUGCAAGAUUCUUUCCACCAAUGGAAGCAGACGCCUGAAAAUACUGGAGAGUAUGUGCAUCUGACCAAAGAACUAUUAACCAGCUGUGAAAGUAUCCAAUGGCAGGUGGAUGAAUUGGAUAAGGCAAUUUCAGUUGCUGAGAGAGAUCCAGCAUUCUAUGGACUUAAUGAGGCUGAAAUUGGGAGAAGAAGAAGCUGGACAAGCACUGCACGUAACCAGGUGCUCUCUUUAAGGCGGAAUGUUGAAGCUGGAAGGAAAAAGAUUUUGUUUGGACAUUCAACCAACCCCUCUGAAUCGAUUAGAUCCAAGAAGCACAUUUCACAAGACAAUGAUGAAUUCAUUGCUUCAGAAUCUGAUCAGCAGAUGCUCCUGAUAAAGCGACAAGAUGAGGAGUUGGAUGCGCUUAGUGCUAGUGUCCAGCGAAUUGGAGGCGUAGGUCUCACUAUACAUGAUGAGCUUGUCGGGCAGGAGAAGCUUUUGGGUGAGCUGAACCUCGAUAUGGAAACUACUUCAAAUCGGCUUGACUUUGUGCAGAAAAGAGUGGCUAUGGUCAUGAAGAAGGCCAGCCUGAAGGGGCAGAUCAUGAUGAUCGCGUUCCUCGUGAUUCUUUUCAUCAUUCUUUUCGUUUUGGUGUUUUUGACUUGAGAUAUGGGUGUGAUCUGGGUGUAAUUCUAAUUCUGUACCAUGUCGCGUUCAGAACGGUGCUGGAUGAGCAGAAUUUGAGUCAUCCAUACAAGUGUAGACAGUAGAUAAGCACAUGUUUGUAAGAUGAUUGAUAGUUUGGCCAUUGUAAAAUUUUUUGUCCAUGCUUCAAUAUUUCAGCUAAAGAUACGACAGUAUAAGCCUA